UGAUUGCUCGCUCUAUGUACAGCACAAAUAGUGUUGCAUAAUAAACCUCCUAUCAAAUCCUUGUUUUCCACAAAUAUAAAUCCUUGAGGUUUAUAUGUUUAUUCAUACUGCGGUUUCUCAAAAUUUUGUUCAUUACUUCAGAAGUCACACUUCCAUUCAUUACUCUUUUGACUUUACCAGUAUCCAUCAAUAUUAAAGUUUGUGCAAGGUUGCAAAAUCUUACGAAUUUCCCACAAAAACUUCGAUCUUCUUGAUUAAAAAUGUCGUCUUUCCAACGAUUUUUACGGGCAUUUCUUGUUCUGUUCAUAGUUUUGAGUGGCACUGAUGCCAAAUUAAAUAGAUACCCUCGAGGAGAAUCAGUGGUUUAUCGAACAAUCUAUGUCGAUCAGUCAGGUAAAGGUAAUUUCCGAACAAUCCAAUCUGCCAUUGAUUCUGUACCUUCAAACAACAAUAAGUGGGUUUGUAUAUACGUCAAAGCUGGCACAUACAGAGAAUCUGUGAAAAUUCCUUAUGACAAGCCAUUCAUCUUCCUCAAAGGAGAAGGAAAAUGGAAAACUUUUGUAGUAUGGGAUAAUCAUGAUUCAAUUGCAACAAGUGCUACUUUCACUUCUGAUGCAGAUAACAUAAUCGUCAAAAGCAUAACCUUCACGAAUUCUUACAACAGUCCCCCGGGGAGCUCCGGUAACCCGAUGAGGACAGCGGUGGCAGCAAAGAUAUCCGGGGAUAAAUCGUCCUUUUAUCGAUGUGGAUUUUUGGGAUUGCAAGAUACAUUGUGGGAUGUUCAAGGUAGACACUACUUCAAACUUUGUAGUAUCCAGGGAGCCGUAGAUUUCAUCUUUGGUUCUGGCCAAUCCAUUUAUGAGAGAUGCACAAUAUCAGUUAUCGCAGGCGUGUUAGAUGGGCUCGCGGGAUUCAUAACCGCGCAAUCAAGAUCGAGCCCUUAUGAGACAAAUGGCUUCGUGUUUAAGGACUGUAAAAUAAUUGGGCAUGGAAAGACGUUCUUGGGAAGAGCAUGGAGAGAUUAUGCUCGUGUUGUAUUUUAUAACACCACAAUGUCUGAUGUUGUUGUUCCCGAAGGAUGGAGUCCUUGGGUAGUUGCAUCUGGACACGAGUACCAAAUAACGUUCGCAGAGUACAAAUGUCGAGGACCUGGAGCAAAUACCGCAGGGCGCGUAAAAUGGGCGAACAAGUUGAAUGUGGACGAGUUGAUUCGGUUAACGAGCACGUCUUUUAUCGAUGAAGAAGGUUGGAUGAGUAGACAAGUUUUCAACAUGAUGGACUAAUUUAGCAACCAUUUAAUUACUCUCGCAUAGUUUUUCUUUACAGGACAUGAACUCUAAGAUGAAAU